CAAACGUUUCGUACCUUGCAUCUCAUAUAUACCAAGCCUACACAGCUACACAUAUUGUUCUCUCAAUCUCGAUACCUGGAGGUGUUUUUUCACUGUAUGUCCGAGCUCAAGGCACGCAAGCGCAACCUCAGCAAUCAGAAUGGACCUGGACACCACAUUUUGCAAACUGGUCCUGACAAGCAACGCAUGACGCUUUCCUGGCACGAAAUACCAGAAUGGCAGAGGGAUAAUGAGUAUAUUUUAAUGGGCUACAGACGAGUGCAGAACUGCUGGUCAGGUUGCAUUGCAUCUAUCUACAGUUAUCCUCAUAACGAAACUGGUAAGUUUCUUGUUGUCUCAAGUAGACAUGAUCCAUUGCAUUUUCCAGUGAACAUCCUCAGUCAUCUUGCUGGCGCUGUGGUAUUCCUCUGGAUUCUGAUGACAUUCCGCGGGCAAUAUAUCUUGGCGUACAGCACUGCAACUUGGCUGGAUACUUCUGUCUUUGUUAUAUUUCUACUCUCUGCAGUGUUCUGCCUCACUGCGAGCGCCAUGUUCCACACUGCCACUUGUCAUUCGGCACAGGUGUCGACCCAGUGCCAUGCACUGGACUACUCGGGGAUCGUCAUCCUCACCGUCGGAUCUUUUGUACCAUGCCUUUACUACGGAUUCUACUGUGAACCAGCCUUGCAAGCCUGUUAUCUAUGUUCCAUCGCACUAGUUGGCGCAGGAGCAGCAUAUAUCGUUCUCAACCCUGAAUAUGCAAAACCAACACAUCGAGGUGCACGUACCGGUGUUUUUAUUGGUCUUGGAUUGUCCGCUGUGAUCCCAAUUGCUCAUUUAUUGGUAUCGCAUGGGGCAUCGAAGCUAUUUUCCGAAAUGGGAUUUGGUUGGCUGCUCGCAUCAGGCGGACUAUACAUUACGGGCGCGUUGAUUUACGCCAAUCGCAUACCGGAAUGUCUGGCCCCAGGGAAAUUCGACUUACUCUUCGCAUCACAUCAAAUAUUUCACUUUUGUGUGGUCCUGGCCGCUCUGGCUCACUGGAUGUGUGUAUUGACUGCCUUCGAUCAUUGGCAUUCUGGCUUAAACGGAUGGAAAUUGUGACAUGCCGGUGUUGCGUCGCUGCGUCGUGGGUAUUACGCUGUGGUUGGACAGCCCUGGGAAAAGAUUUUGUCGGAACAUGCCCCAAGGGCGGUCUUCGCCUGUACAGCAGGCUCACGGCUCCGGCGGAGUCGUUAGCGCGGAAACAAAAUGCACGUUGCAUAGUGUAUCCGUAAGCCUAAUGGAAGUUUGGUCAUCCUUAUUUCAAUUGACAGAUGAAUGGUCUUGAUUGUUUGCCUUUGGUGACCGCGCGCUGUAUGCGGGAGUCCUCGGGACGUGUGUUUACGAAGGUGAUGUGUACGUUAGAUGACAGAUGGAUUUUGUGGUGAACGGAAUCGAGGCUCUAGUACACCGGCGUCCGACGGAUGAUGACGAGUAGAUGCAAAGAUGCCAUGCCACACCAAGA